GUCAUGACACGAGCUGUGGAUAUCGGAUCUUCAAUUUACUUUGGUUUUUCAAGGCUACACAUACAAUUAUCUCAACUGCCAACAACUGGCAAUUCACAAGAUGGUGAAAGAGGUGGCGUUUGCUGUGAUCCUGGGUUUGUGGUUAAUCUGCUGUCCUGUGAAAUGCUGGAGCAGCAGCGGAUUUCAAGGCGCUGUUCCUCAUCACACUAAAGUCCCUAACCCUAAUUCCUGGGAGCAGACAGCGCAGCCUGCACAGAGCUGGUUCGCAACGGGAUCGUCUGCGCUUGUCCCGGCACAGGAGGUUCUUGACUCCAGCCAGGAGGCUCUGCAUGUGACCGAGCGUCACUACCUGAAGCGGGACUGGUGCAAGACGCAGCCGUUGAAGCAGACGCUAGAGGAAGAGGGCUGCCUCAGUCGUACCAUCAUCAACAGCUUCUGUUACGGCCAGUGCAACUCCUUUUACAUUCCCCGGCACGUCUACCAAGAAGAAAGCGCCUUCCAGUCCUGCUCUUUCUGCAAACCAAAAACCUUCACUGUCGUCACUUACACGCUGAUAUGCCCGAGUCAGAUCCCGAGAAUCAGACGGAAACGUGUGCGACGCGUCAAACAGUGCCGCUGUACUUCCAUAGACUUGGAUUAGUACUGAUCUCAAAAUGUUACGUCACAAAGUCAAUUCGAUUUUGUAAGUUAAAUUCAAUGUUAUGUUUAGUUAAGCGCUGACUGGCAUGAUGAUGAUGAUGAUGAUGAUGAUGGUGAUGAAUGGAAUGGUGUCAUUUCAUACAUUUAAUGUGUAUCUCUCAUAUGCAAACAUACUACCUUCAUGGUUUAUGGUUGAUUAAGGAUUAAUAGACUUAAUGCACAUCAUUUUUUAAAUACUACAUGCACCUUUCUAGGAUACCCAGUCAAGAUACACAUGAUGUACCACCUCAGCGAAAAGAAAGGAAAAUUACAGUACCCCUUUUAAAGAACUAAUUGUGAAAAAAAGCCAAUGACUGUUCAUAACACAGGCUAUUCAUUUAAUCAGUACAUUAAGUAAGCAGUAUUUGUGUAUUUUAACUACCAUAUUUUUAUCAAUGGCUUCUGUUGGAGGUCCCCUAUCAGGUCUUACAGUAUUAUGAUCUGUGCAAAUUCAGCCUUAGGAAUUUUUAUUUUCCUGAAUGAAACCAUGUUGUGGGUUUUGCAAUGCAUGCUACGCUUACUGUUGCACAAACGUGGCUUUUAGUAACAGAGAUAUGGGCCAAGUUUUGUGUACAAAGUUUAUUUUCAUCAGCUGUAAAUAUAUGGUAUUCCAACAAUCACUGAAAAAUCCUGUCAGUCUCCACUAUGUGGAUGAAGAUUUUUAUUUUUUAAUUUUUUUAGUAAUAGGGAUAUUUAUUGCCUUCAAUUUUUGUAUUUGAAUUUCUGAACUAAACUCAUUUCUACUAAAAUCUGAUUCAUCCUUUGCAAACAGUAUGCUUAAAGAAAACAACUUUUAGAUUGAUAAACAAAAUUUUCAUUUUCAAAUGUUUAUGUAUACUAUCAAGGGAUUGUUACUUGUGCUGUGAUUGCAGUGUAUUGUAGGGUUUUAUCCAUCAGUACAAGUAUUUCACAAAUACAAUAUACUUAACAUGCAAAAUAAAGAAAUCGUUUCUCUGUA